AUGACUGGAACUGCUGUCGAGGACAGUAAAGAGGACUUCAAGGUGUUGGGGUACCUCCCUGAGGUUCAAUCCGGAGAGCACAUGAGCGGAGAUUCUGCUGCAAUUUCAGAGAAGCCACGAGGAACUUAUUCUCCGGAAAUGGAGAAUGCGUUACGUGUAAUCCUACCAAAGCCUUAUACAGCAUUAUUCCUCGGCCCUGGAGUAAAGCAGAAGCUCGAAAUUGAGUUGGGAGAAAGUGUUGAGAGCCUUUCUGAGCGAUACCAUCAUGCCGCCAAACAACUGAGCAGCACUAUUCCCCCAGGGAAAGGGGGACUAACACAAGUUCAGCAACUAUUUCUCACAGCAGCCUGGUAUAAGGCUGAUGGCAUGUUUGUUGAAUCUUGGCAUGCCUUGAGCUCCGCCAUCCACGAGGCCCAAGAGUUGGGCAUGCAUAAGAGCCUUUCCAAGGUUGGACUUCCAGAAUUUGACAUGGAAAUGAGGCGACGUCUGUGGUGUAUCCUGUAUAGUUGGGACUGGCAAAUGUCCCUCAUGCUAUCCCGACCCUUUAUCAUUAACAGCAAUUACUGCUCCUUUGAAAUGCCCAAUGUGAGGUUGGAAGGCGACCAUAAUGAAGCAGACGUGCCUUCGCCUAUAGUCCACAUCGCACUCCAGUGCCAACUCGGCCAGGCCUUGUCCAAGAUACCAGGGGUAAUGGGUGGAACAAUGACUCCCGCAAUCGCCAUCACUGUUCAACAAGAGACCGAGAAAUGGCUUGCUUCGUUUCCACCUGCUUAUAGGCUUGUCAAUCCUGACAUGCAAUGGGACCAUGAUUACAAAUACGUGGAGGUGCAACGCAAGCAGCUGCAUGCUAUUGCCUAUCUGGUCAUGCUUAUGCCAUUGAAACAAUGUCUCACAAGAGACGUACAUCAAGACGACUCCUCUAUCGAGAAGAGCCUCCAGCCCACUGCCAUUGACAUUGCACUGAAAUUGAUCAAGGCAGCUCACCAGCUCCUUGAUUGCAUGUUGCCCCUAAAUGCGAAGUUUCAUUUUGCCCCAUUUGCAAUGUUUGACACAGCCGCCAGCCUAUGUUCAGCCGUCAUCCACGACCAUGGACGACGUCUCCCUCAGCGAGACGAGGUUAUUGAAGCAAUCAGCGUGACUCUGGGCACAUUAGAACAGAUCACCCACAACACGAAGACCGCCGCAAUAUGCUACUCAGUGCUCUCAAAACUUGUCAAUAGACUCUCCUUGACCCCAGAGGAGGAAUUGAUCCUGCACUCCAAGUCAUCCGACAACCCACUUACAGGGGUCAAGCCUUCUGAUUCUCAUUUGACUUUGGGUGCGGUCCCUAGCAUUGACUUUGGCAUAAAUAACAAUCUGCAGCCUUUAGACGCAGACAGCCCUGAGAUGUAUGCUUCCACAAUGUCAAGUUAUUCCUCCUUGGAGCCACUGGCGCCUCCGUCCUCAGACUUUCAAGAGCUUUUCAACAUGGAUCUUGGUGAAUUAGACCAGAUCUGGGAUUUGGAGAAUCUCGGUCUUGAUUUUCCACAAGCCUUGACUGCAUAG